AUGUUCAAAAGCAUUCUUCCUGGAAAGCGCCUACCUGCCGAUGACGAGUUUACCAUGGUCACUCCAGGACCUGGCGCUCUGAACGGCAAGGAGAAUCAGCGCGUAGGAUCAGCAGCGAACAAGUCAACUCGGCAGCCUCUAUUCUCGGACAAGUAUCGCGGAAAGAAGAAUGCCGACGCCAACUCCCAACCCGCCGAGAUGAAUAACCAGUUUGAUCGACUUCUUGACGAUCUGCAGAUCCCGGAAUAUCUGCGACCACGACUGCUCGGCAUGGAAUCUACUGUGAAAGAGGCCAUGCUCAAGUCCUCUCAUACCCUUGUCAUGCCUCAGACGUCGGAUCGCCCUGCCACCCCACCACCUACGCGUGGACUUCGCCGCGUCCAAAGUGGCAGCUCCUUGAGCAUCGAGUCUCCACGGCCGCAGAGAGUCGCUAGCAACUUCUAUCAGCAGCCCAGCAUGGCUAUUAGCGGAACCACGCUUGUUGAUGGACAACGAAGCCGUGGAAUAUCGAUGGAUCUGGCGAGGCCUAAGUCUCGUGGCGCCGGUGAUGGUUCGAGCAAGUCGGCGAAGGACAAGGGCCCAGCAAAGACGCUUUCUCCAGUGCAGUUUGUGAGCCAGCUUACGAGCACCUCGAGCCUUACAUUGCCUGUGGAGUCGGUGAAGAAGCUGCGCAUCAUGCUUCGCAAUGAACCUGCCAGUUGGACGCAAGACUUCCUAAAGUCGGGUGGAUAUUCAGCGUUGCUGACGCGCCUCAACGAACUACUCGAAGUCGAGUGGCGUGAGGAACAGCACGACGAUCAACUGCUGCACGAGGUCCUGCGCUGUGUGAAGGCUCUGUCGACAUCCUCGAUUGGCUGUUUUGCGCUACGGAGCUCUUGCCCUACACCAUUUGUGCAGCUCCUUACGCUUCUAUACUCGGACAAGAAGCCCGGCGAAGUCUCAACCCGGCAACUGAUCGUUGACUUGCUUCUCCUCAUCUUCGACUUGUACCCGGCAUCUACCCUCCCUGCGGCCGGCAACUCUCCUCGUGCUCGUCGUUCCAUGUCAGAUGCUAUCAUGCUUCCCCAUCCGCAUACGAGCAUCUUCGGUCUCAUGAAGACACUGCUUCUUACGCCUGCACCCAAGGCUGCGGAGGCCCCAGAGACCGAGGUCUCUCCCCACGAGUUCAUAGAGUCUCUCCACAAGCCACGAAUCUACAAGACGUAUCUACAGGAACUUUCCGACAUUUGUCGCGACUACUUUUGGGUCUUCUGUCACCCGAAUAACACCAUAUGGGUACUGUCAGAGGUGGACGAGGGUAAGGUUGAGAAACCCAAGGCACCCGGCGGUAUGACUGGUGGUGUCGAGUUUGAGGCGAUGUCGUAUCUGACGAGCCAUUUCCGUUUACUCAACGCGGUCUCCAAGGCCGCGCUGGACCUCGGACAUCCGCAGGACCACCCAGAUUCUGCGUACCACCUGCACGCUGAUCUUUUCCUGUCGGGCCUCGAGCGGAUUCUUCUGAUUGCACGCAAAGCAUCAACUACGUACUACCCAACUUUACACCUCGAGAUUGCACGCUACGCAGCUCUCGCUGGUCAGUCUCGUUACGAGCUUCCGUGGACGGUCAGCCGGCUGGUAGGGCCACCUCCCGCCCCUCUCGCUCGUCGUGUUGCACGCCCAGCGGACGUCGCCACCCGCUUCACCCGCCUUACCGACACCGCGGCGUGUGACGCCUAUGCACUUCGACUAAGCGCCAACGACGUUAGUUGCCGUAGUUGA